GCGAAGGGCCAACCCAAUUCUUGAACUUCUUGUUCAAUGUACCGAGUUUUUCAGUCCAGACUUUGCUCCAGACUUUGCUGUUAUCUUAAAUCAAACACCUGCAUGCAUUAAGUUAUCACCUGAGUAGAACUGGCAACCUGAUAGAAUUGUUCUCUUGUAAAACCACUAAGCUAAUAUACAUGUUAUAUCGGCAUAUUCAUUUUUAAGUGUGUUGUACUUUAGUUCAAAAAACGAGCCCAUCCAUCUCCAUCAAAGUUUAAGGAAUUAGUAAUUCAGUCGUAUUUGCUUGGGUUUCUCAGUAGUUAUCAACUGUGUAUUGUCUUUUACGAGCCGAUCACUUUUUGCAACUGAAAAUAUUUAAUAAAAAGAGACCAAAUAGAUGUUUGCUUUUCAGUUCAGUAGGGUUAAAUCAAACGUUGCAGUAAUCAUUUAAACACCCCGUCUGAAAGUCUGAUAGUAGUUCUUUUUACUUUUUCUAGAGUUCAACAGAACCCCUAAACGGUGCCCGUUGGGUGGUUUACUUUUGGUCAAGAAACAUGCAAGGUUACACAGGGUUAACAGUUUGUUCCUUUUAGUAUUUAGGAAUGACUGGUAUGAGUCAGCCAAAGACGGAGUUACUCCCAGAGUGGAAAUUCUGCAGCCCUCAGAUGAUACAUCUCAGGCACGAUAAAAACACUUUGACCAACUUCUGCCACAGGCUGAUGGCAGUUUCUUCAGUGAAUGACAAGACAAUUGGGCGUGACCUCCUUGGCAUCGCCAGGAAGAACGCACGCCACACAGUCCGCGAGACCGGUGUGGGUUGUUCUGAUCCUGAGCGGCAACUUUGCUGUUUGUCCUCGCUGCGUGUCGAUACGUGGGAGGGGGGAGGUGGAGGGACGCUACGGAUGAGCUGGAGGUGAUCAGGGUGGAGGUGGGUUGGCCAUGUGUUGAAGUAGCUGUUUGACUUGCAAAGCAGGCCUGGGUGCUCUUCCAGUGGGCACUGAGAGAACGACCUUCCCUGGAAGUGGAACGCCGGGGACGCAGAAAGCUGCUGCUGCUGCUGCACCGCUUCGUGCUGGGUUGCGGGCCGCGUCACCCGCAGGCAUGAAUUAGUGAUAAGGAAUGUUCGGAGCCAUGAGGAGGUGUCAGGAUCAGACAGGCAGACGGACAGACGGCAGGACGGAUACACGAGUGGGGGCUGUGCUAGGCGGCUCGGCGGCAGGCUGGUGGAAGAUGUCGUCAGGAGCCGGUGGGAGGGGUGGAAGGCGGCUCAGGGGGACAGCAAGCGGCGGCGGAGGAGGGAGGGGCGGGGCCGGCGAGGCAGAGGAAGGCCCCGUGGGGAUCCCGUUCCCCGAGCACAGCGCCGACAUCCUGGGCAGUCUGAACAAGCAGCGGCUCAGCGGCCUGCUGUGCGACGUGCUGCUGGUCGCCGAGGACCGGGAGUUCCCGGCUCACCGCUCCGUCCUGGCGUCCUGCAGCUCCUACUUUCACAAGCUCUUCACGUCGGGGGCCGCCGCAGACCAACAGAACGUCUACAACAUCGACUUUGUGGCGGCAGAGGCUCUGGGAGCGUUGCUGGACUUUGCCUACACAGCGACAUUGACAGUCAGUCACAGCAGCGUGGCGGACAUCCUCACUGCCGCACGCCUCCUGGAAGUCCCACCUGUCAAGGACGUCUGUAGCCACCUGCUGGACACCAAAGUGCUCUCCCCGCCGGCGGGCAUUGAGCGACGAGACGAAGAUGAAGAUGAGGAGGGCAAGGGCAGAGUAGGCAGGGAGCAGGGCAACCGGGUCAGGGCCCGGGAGUACCUGGAGUACUUCCAGAAAGGGGCUCACUGGAGCAGCAGCUGCAGCACGCCAGAGCUCAGGGACCUGGCCACACAUCUGCACUUUAACCACGGUAAUGGCGGGAUCCCCAGCAACGGGGCUCCGGUCGGCCCCGGUGAGUACUACUCCCCCCUGGCCCUCGCCUUGGCCCAGGCCCAGGCCCAAACACAGGAGGAAGAGGACGAGGACGAUGAGGACGACGAGGACGGGGAGGCGGGGCAGGGAAACGGGGCGGGUCUGGGAUCAUCUUUCUACCCUGCGUCCCAGAACGGCCACUUCUUCCUCGCCCCCGAGGCAGAGGAUGGGAGUAGGGAGGCGAGGGACAGGGGUUCUGCCAGUGCACUCUUGCAGCAGAUGAUGGACUCCAUCGAGAGGCAGAAAGAACGUGCGUCGACCGGGGAGGAACAGGGAGACGGGGACGACCCCGACAUGGAAUUUUACUUGAAUUAUUUUAACAGCACUCAGCAUGAGGAUCCAGCUUCUGCAGCUGAGACACAGGGAGUGCUUUGGCCAUCACGAGGCAGAACAGGCCCAGACGGAGGAGGAGGAGGAGGAGGAGGAGGAGAGGGGGGAGUGGGAGAGAGAGGCAGCGGGGUCGGAGGAGGAGGAGGAGGAGGAGGUGGAGGCGGCAGUGGGGGCGAGAGGAAGAUGCGCUCUAAGGCCUCCCAGAAAUGCCCCAUAUGCUCCAAGGUCAUUCAAGGAGCAGGCAAGCUACCCCGCCACAUCCGAACGCACACGGGAGAGAAACCGUAUGAAUGCGCCAUCUGCAAAGUGCGCUUCACCAGACAGGACAAGCUCAAGGUUCACAUGCGGAAGCAUACAGGAGAGAAGCCUUACCUUUGUACGCAAUGUGGCGCCGCCUUUGCUCACAACUACGACCUGAAGAACCACAUGCGCGUGCACACGGGCCUGCGCCCCUACCAGUGCUCAAGCUGCUUCAAGACUUUUGUGCGCUCGGAUCACCUGCACCGCCACCUCAAGAAGGACGGCUGCAACGGCAUCCCGUCCCGCCGGGGCCGAAAGCCUCGGGUGCGGGAGCAGGGGCUCCUCGACGCCCCCCUGGGCCUGCUGGGCCCCGGCCCCGACUCGGGCCCCGGGCCUCGCUCCAUCAGGGGACGGCGGCGCUCGGGGGCGUCCUCGACGCCGGAGGUGGAGGGGCCUGCCGGAGCCCGCGCGCACAGUCCUCGGCUGCAGGAGUUUGCGGGGGAGGCCGGUCCCUGAGGCGGCGGCGGGACGACAAGGACACACUGCUGGACACCAUUGUCACUCUGCACGGCCUGUGAGACGGGCCAGUGAACGGAGGGGAGAAAAAACACAUAAAGGCAAACUUUAAAAAAAGCAAAACAACAACUAACUAUUCCUCUUUGAACCAAAUCAGGGUGUCACAAAAAAUCUAAUCUUUGUAUUGCUUUUUCCUUCUUGUUUAGGAAAUGGAGUAGACUUUUAAGCACUUGAGUCGAUUUAUCUGUUAAAGAGCAAAGAACGCUUCAAAUCAUGUACCCAUGACGUCCACUUUCUGGGCCAUUUCUUUCUUUAUAACAGUAGGGGUUUUAUACAUUGGCAACUGUGCUUAGGCAAAUGUAUGAUGGAUACAAAGAAGUGCGGAGCAACUAUGCAGUUGGUUUUGUCCUCACAGCCUUCAAGCUUCUAAGCAAAGUGUCUAUCGAGCACCUUGUGGCUGCUGUACGGGUGAAGCGAGGACAAAUCCUCCCAGUGAAAACUACUCUUUUUCUAUUCUUUUGCAGGUCUGAAAUGUACAGUUACCAUAGAAACAACAUUGCCACAAUAUGGCAUAUGCAAGGAAAGCUCACCGCAAUUUUGAUGCAACAGUUUUUUCUCUCUAAAUGUUCCAGAAAGAAUCAGACAGGGGUUUGAUUGAAGUGUUACUUACUCUAUAAAAUGCAUCUAUGGUUCUGUCUUAUUGAGAAACAAAUCCACGUCGAGUCAAAUCCAAUUUAUGGGGGCUCUUCAAACGCAGGACUCGGGAAUAUGGGGGUCGGAGGGUUUGUGUUUUUAAAGCACUACCAUCGUCAAUGUACCUGUUGGCUUGACUACGUUGCCUCUUAACCCCCACAACCCUGCUAAUUUCAGCUUUUUUGUUUUCCCUUUUUUGAUUAUCCUUUAAUCUUUUUGUCUUUGUUCCUCUAUGUUGACUGCUUCGGGUACUUGACACUUUAUAAUUGUAUACAUGUAUAUACAGCGGGUGGUGAUAUGACAUUCGUUCCCUCUCAAUGCUGAGGUGUACUUAGCAAUCGGGUUUUUUUCCUCUUUGGCUUGAUGUCAUAUUUCUCACAGUGAAACGUGAGCGAAAAAAACACAAAAAAAAACCCUGUAUGAGUGUUCGAUGAGAGGGGGAAGAAAAACAAAACACAUGGAGUUACCCAUCGGUCCUAAACUUAACACUUAACUUGUAUAGUUCCUACCCAAAGGAGGAGGAGGUCGAGUGAAUGAAUGUGCUUAACUUUGUGCAGUUCUUUUUUUUUUUUCGGAUUCGGUCCUUGUGUGACAAGGCGCGGGUAGCAUUUAACCAACCGCAGGUUAAAGGAAUGGCAGGGAGAGCGACAAAGAGUACGACGAAGAGAUAGAUGAGCACCUUUUUUUUUUUGUUUUUUUUUCUUCUAUGUUUGCACAGCUUUACUAAAGAUAUCCAACAGAGCGACCGAGCGAGAGAUAGAGGUAUAUUUAAAGGAAGGGGGCUGCUGUUGAGGUAUUGAGAGGAGGGCUUAUGCAUCGCGCUUAUUCCAAUCUUUUUUUCCCCCCCGAGGGACCACACAACCGCGAGGCAACCUGUACGAUGAAGAGAGCAAUAAAUACCUGUCCAAGUGGGGAGGCCAAAUGGGAGCGCAGCUGCAGCUGGUUGAUGGGGGAGGGGAACCAGGGGAGAGAAGAGCGAGGGGAGGGGGAUCUCACAAUGUCUGUUGCAUUCCAAAAAAAUAAUCUCCCCCAGCUCAGCCACGUUUCCAGGCAGGAGGGGAUCAAAUCAGGCCUUUUCUCUCCCUCUGUAGUCCUCUAAUGCCCCCGAACUCGCCUGGAGGGGAUAUUAUUAUAUUAGAGCCUGGUGUUACUGUGGGUCGGACGCCUGGUGCUGGCAGUUUAGUGUGUGUGUGUGUGUGUACACGUGUGUGCGUGGCAGCCAGGGUCGCUCUGGCCACAUCAUCACUGUGUGAGUCAGCCGCGGCCUGUUUGCAAACAUGCACCCUGAGCUGCCAGCCCCAACGCACUUUCUCUGUGUCUCUCUCACACACACACACACACACAUGGGGGUAUCCUGGGAGAGGAGUCUGUCAAAGUUGUGUUAUUGUGCUCCAAAUCCGAUGUUGUUUUCCAAACAAGCACGCAUUAAGUCGAGGAAACAUGUGUGGGAUUUAAACCCCCCCCCCCCCCCCCCUCCCUGUAAUAUUUGCUGUAGGCCCGUGGUCCCACUAUCGGCCCUCUGCAUCUUAAUUGGAAGGAGCCAGGUUAUGAAUGCACUUUUGUCAACGAAACGGGUGCUUCGAAACAAGCCACCAGUUUGAGACCAGUCCGCCCGCGGUGGCGAGCUGCAGCUCCUCCGCUGGUUUUCACAACAAGCUGCCAAAAACAAAAACCCAUAUGAGAAACUAGAACGUUGCGAACGUCUCCCAAAGGGACGGCGGGGGGAGAUUCCCAUGCAAACGUGGACGCGGUGCGUGCGUGUGCUUGCGUUGCUGGCUGGAGGGUCUCGGAUAAACACGCUUUGUGUCGGGCCCCAUCUGUUCACCAGCUACUCUCGUGACUCCUCGUCUUCUCCCAGGAACCGCGGCAGCACGCGGGCAGGAAGAAUACCAUGGUGCAGAGGAGCUCAUUGGACAGCCGCUUGUUUGCUUGCCGGCUCCCUGUCUGUUUACCCCGGUGGGCCUUUGGUGGGCACUAGUUUCUGUUUCGGCUCCUCUGUAGAGAUAAAGUUGCCGUUUUCUUAAUGCGCCGUUUGACGCUCACAUGCAGACCAAUGUCAUCUUCAUGCUUAAAGCAGCUCUGUCUUGACGUGGCGGAAGGGGACACCUGCCAACUUAAGCUUUCUCUGGACCUCCAUAUUUCCCUCUUCAGUCUUUUGCGUUGUUUGUUGAUUAACCAAAGCUCGUCGCCCUCGUUCUUAGUCGACUGUUGAGAUGUUGAUAGUGUGUCUGUAAUUUAUCCAGACUGGACCUACCUGACUAAGCCACACACAAAAUGCCCUCCUCUUGUAUACAUAUGCAGGCGUGUGUGUUAAAUCAUACAGACAUUAACUAGCGUUUGCUUCCUCUCGCUCUUUGUAUCCUUGUGGACGAUAGAAUCAGAGGUCUAAGGAUGUUUUUUUUCUGUCCGUCUAUACUUGUUUCUUUUUUUUUCCUUCUUAAAAUAACGUGUUGUGCUACAGGUUUUUUCUUACAAUCUCACUUGGCCGUGUGCGUGCGUGUGUGUGUGUGUGUGUGCGUGUGUGUGUGGGUUGGGGUUCAUGGUUUCGGGUUGCUGUGCCAGGUGGGUGGGGGAAAUGGGUGCUUGGGUGGGGUUAUGGAUAUAAAGCCUGAUAGCACUGGAAAUGGUGCUUUAGCUGAGAGAGCAAAAGUUUGCACUAAUGUUAAAUGUCCUCGUCCUGCUUAUGGGAGAAGGGCAGGAGACCUCAGAAAGGCCCGCGAGUUUCCAUGAGCACAGAGCAGUGUGGUUAAUACUCAACGGUCUCGAAAAGAGUCCAUCCAACUCCUCCGUAGAUGUAAUCGUGUACAGUAUGUUAAGAAAUAUACGGACGUCCAACAGCAACAAAUACCAAAGGGGAAGAAAUGGCUCGCGUUGAAGUCAUUGGACAUUUUAAGCUACCAAUCUCACAUUAAUCGGCUCUUGAAAAGAGGAAGCUUUUAAACACGGCAAAUUGUAUUUGCGCUUCUUGUAGAGAAAUAUUCCAAAUGUACAACAUUUAGGCACUUACAGAGCAGCAAAGCCUCUCCAGAACCUGGUGAAACAUCCAAUUUUGUGCUGUUUUGAUGGCAGAGGUGCAAAUGUGUGCAGGUGCCAGAGAAACUAGAUCCAGUUCUUUUUAAAUUCCAGAUGAUGGUGAUGAUGGGAUUCUAUCAGCGUCUGUCUCAUAUUAAGUCAGCUAAUGUUGAAUAUUGAAAUGAAAUGAUAAUGCAAACUGUUGGUAUUGUUGAACACUGUUAUUUUAAUCAUUGCCGAGCUGGAUGGAUUCUUGUUUACUUUCUGAAAAAGGUUUAUCUGAAAUGAAAUGUUCUCUAGUUGAAGCCGACCGGGAUUUUGUGGCCUUGUCUGAGCAGCACUAAGCUUGUUUCUUGUUUCUUUUUUAAAUGUUUCCAGACAGCGGUAUUGUGCGGUGUGGGGCUGAGGCUCCCUCCCACCAGGUGGACGACACUAACUUCAAGGGCCUCGCUUUGCCUUCCGUGGGCAGCAACUGACAAAACUCCCAACUUUUAUUUUGUUCGUUUCACCAUGAACACUUUUUCUUUCCGUAUUUUUAAAAACAAAUGAUAAGAGGGGAUUGGCUUGCUACGUGUAUCAAAUCUUAAACCUAAUUCUGCCGUUAACGCUAUACUUGAAUGAACGAAUAAUAAUGUGUCUGUAUCAGCCACUUCUUCGGCGCUUUGUCUCUCUGCGCGUCCACCGGUGUGUCCUCAGCCUCAGCCCCAGACCAAGGUCACUCUGACCCCGACCACACGCUCUCACUGCAAGGUUUUUGUUUGUGUUUUUUUUCCAAAUUGACCUUGAUAUGUUUUCUGUUUUUGUUUUUCUUUCCAAUGCUGUUAUCAAAGAUUUUUGGUGAAUCUAUCUGAGAAGGCCAUAAAACAACAAGGACCAACAACUAUGAUAACAAUUGUAACUGUAAAUAAUCAAGCGAAGGAGGCCGGGUUGGGGGAGGGGGGGGUCUGUUAAUGUGGAGAUUGCUGGCGGCAGACUGUUUGCUUCGGCCUCGUCGUUUUCCCCCACGCACACCUGAACCGCGUUCUUGUACCCGUGUGCAGGCUGUGGCGCUCCGGGUCCUUCGGAAAGGGGCCGGCAGUUUGCACUGCCUGAGUCCCUCUCAGGCAAAGGGGCCGGCGUGCGGGGGGGGGGGGGGGAUCUACAUGUACGGGUGGUAAGGGAAAGCUGGAUGUUCAGGGAUGGACGACGCUCGGCGGAGUCAUAGUUCAGCGUUGGUCCUCUCAGCCGGCAGGAAGCGGCACGGCCACAAAAUGAGAAGUGAAACUACAAAGGGGGUCACCGCGGGUCACAUCGGGCAACGGCAACUACGAGAAGGCCGCUGACCUCUUUUGUCUCCGUGUGAGUACGACCCGGGUGGAAAACACUCGCUCCGAGUUACUCCUCCGCGUUCCAAUACCAACAUUUGACAUAACGGCUCCAACCAACAGUUUCCUCGUCGUGAAGCCCAGUCCUCCAUCUGAUAUUGAUCCAGCCAAUUGUUUGUUGGGAGGGAAGGAAGCCACUGGAGAUCCAGUCUUAUUAGUCAGAGUAACAUUUUUGAAAGGGGAUGGUGUUGGGAAAAACCAUGGAUCGAGAGGGGGGGGUGGGGGGGUGUUGUGUUCUCUUGCUCUCGUGUCCCAUCGCACUCAAGAGUCUACGUCUCUGGCCUUUUGAUCAAAGAUCACACACCCUCAGUGGGCGGGGGGGAGGAGGGGCGAGGGGGGGGGGGGUCUGUUGACGUGCGCGUUGAGUCGCCUAAACUCUUCCAGGAUACAUUCCACAACUUCAUACUGUGAUUCCCGCUUCGGAGUUCGGUGUUCAGGAUGCAGACGGCAGGCUGUUUGAGGCGAGCUGGACGAUCCCUUCGCGCGGCGUGACGGACAGGCAUGUCGGCAGACCCCCUCCCCCCCCCCGGCAGACCGCUGGCCGACAGCUUUUAUUUCAGCUUCUGCGAUUGUAACCAAGAGCACUUUGCGAAAAGGCCAUCCGAAAUAUUGUGUGCUUUUAUUUUUGUUGUUCCAUGUUGUUUCUUUUUGGUUCUCUCAGUGCAGAUCAUUAUUUAAAUCCGAAGGGAGGGGGGUAAAAGAAAAGAACUUGAAUAUUUGGUAACUGGUCUUAAGGUGGUUGCCCCUCAUCUGGACAUAAACACAUCUCACCACACCGGUUAUAUGCAGCUCGUUGCAUAGCCCCGCUGAACAGACCCCCCCCCCCGCCGGCUCUCUGCUUACAGUUUGGGAGACUCCCUUUCCUUAAACAGAACCUGUAUAACGGUUGCAAAGCUUUCUGGGAAGGCUCGCUGCGCUGAAUGUUGUAUCCACUGCAGGAUCCUCUCUGUCUGCAAUAACGCCCUGUUUGUAGUUAAAGGCUGGAUCUGGUAUCCAAAUAGCGCUUCAAUGAUUUAUGAAAGACAGACAAAAUGGCCAAACGACCAUCAUGCACUUUUGCAAAUCAUUACAGAAUUUAUUUUUGUUCUUGGGCUCAACAUCUCUGUCAAAUCAAGAUUGUAGAAUAAUAAUAAAUGAUUAUUAUAAACCUUCGGUAGAUCCAUAAUUGGAUGCUUUGACUUUGGGAGAGAAAGGAAUAUUCCGGUGUCUAUAACAGAUUUGUUUGCCGCAGUGAUUAUCAUGAUAAUCCUUUAUGGAGUUUUUUUUUUUUUUUUCCCUAAUAUACAUUUGAAAUCUGUCCCAGUUCUCCAACCCGGACUUUGAUGUAAACGCACACAGUCGCAUUAAGGCAGAAGAAGAAACCCCGUCACUCCACUUCUCUCUGUGUGUUAACGCUUUCUUCCCAGUUGCACAUCUGCCACCUUUCUCUUGUGAAUCCCACCGGAGGGGCUGGAUGGAACGCGGCGACGCCAUCGGACCUUUAACACGCAGCCAUGUGAUGAAGCAUGGGUUUCCCUUUCUGAAUACCCAUUUCUCUUCUCAAAAAGUUUAUUUUCCUUAUUUUUCUUCGCUGUUUCUAUUGGAAGCUGCAGGACGGGGGGGUAUAGGUGUUAGUUUUUUGGAGAAGAAUUUGCACUUUUUGGCGAUGAAAAUAAAUUGUAUUGUAUAUGAGACCACUAAAUCCACAGUCUAAACCAUAUAAUUCCAUUUUGUGUCAUUGUUUUUUGUUCUGUUCUUUUUGUUUUCUUGUUUUGUUUUUUUAAUAUAUCCAAAAAUGUCUGGCAUCUGGUUGUCUGGUUUAAAGAAUAUAAAAUCUUUCUAUUAAAAACAAUGGUUGCAAAAAAGA